AUGAGUGAGACCCAGUGGAAGGAGCUUACUCAGUACUUUGGAGCCAAGGAUAGAUUUGAACACCCUGUUAAACAGAAAAAGGUUGAAAAGUCAGGCCUUGAAAAGAACAUAGAGGAACAUAGACAGGCUGUGGAGGAGUGGAACAUGGAGAAGGCCGAGGAGCUCAGCAGCCAGCUUGCUCCUCGAGAGCUUGGGGUAAAAACUGCCAAAGCAAUUGCCUGCCACCAGUUUGUAAAAGCCAAAAAGGAGAUUGAAAACUCACAGGCUGCUCGAAAAAAUGAAGAAACUUGCAUGGGGGCUUGAAGCAAAGAAGAGAUGGGCAA